GUGGUUGGCUUUUGGGAGGUGUGGUUGGCUUUGGUGAACACUUUUCUCCGUACGUAUACCCUUCAGGCGAGUUAGAAUGGCCUCAAGAUAUAAAUUGCAUCUUUACUAUCGGAUUCCCGACUGAACCAAACAAGCAAACUUCUGUCCCAUUCUAAUUGCAUUCAUUGUAUAUCCAUUCUUCCUAGUUGAUUCUACCGCAUGAAUUACGGCCCCUACGUUGCGAGGGUUGCGUUGGUUUUCAUAUGAAACCCUCCUUCCGAGUUUUCUAAUGGAUUUCUCCUCCAAAACAUGCUAAGCUCGUAAGCCAUUGCAGCUUGAGAGGGUAUUGUUUUGAGUCUCACGGUGCCGAUCGCACUCCAUCCAUAUGCAAUACGGAAGGGAUGGAGCUACAAAAACCGCCGAUACCGCCGACUGUACUCGACGUCGAAGAACGGAAAAGAAGAGCAUUUGCCGACGUCGACGAAUUUACGGUAACAACACAUGAGCGUUCGCUUUGUAAGAAGACCAAAGGCCAGCGAGAACGCGCGUGGUGUCUAUGGAAUAGAUUUGUCACAGAUGUGUUACAAUUAACACAAAAAGAGGCUGAUAAGGUUUGGUUUGGUGUGUGCCAAAAUAAGAAAAAGUCCAUUGCUAUCUGCAAGAGCUUUCUGGCCGACUAUACACGCUAUGCAAGAUGCAGGCGUCUGUGUAUAGACGGGACCGAGGAACAGAAACAGGUACCAACAGUUCAAUCAGUAGUGACUAUUAUUGCUGUAUGGAAGCAUAUAGUAGCUCAAGCUGAUGCUGUAGUGCUCGCGAAGAGAAGGGAUCAAGAUUCAAAUGAAGAUUCAGACGAAGAUUCUGAACAAUGGACAUUGCUUGGCAACCGUGGGAAGGCCCGUGGAGAGGUUAUCCAGUGGAUCCAAUCAACUCUUGCACAAAAGUUCAACCUCUCAUGCAAACAAACAUUUGAGAAAACUGCAGCCACAACAGAUGAUGUUCUGCUUAUUCUUAGCACUUUGUGGGAACGCGCAGUCGAUAUACCUUGUGAUCCUAGACAUCGGCUUGCCUUUCAUACAUUGGUGCUGAUAGGAAGCAUUGGCUUUCGGCCCGGCACUUAUGAGAACAUGCUUUAUCGACAAGUCAAGCUACUUGUCAUUCGCGAUCCGGAUACAAAGCAGGCAAGGCUUGUCGCUGAGAUCACGAUCAAUCAAAACAAGCUAUCGGCUAACAAAAUUGAUAAGGGGGCAGAUGUGGUGACCUUUUCUGCUACUAUGGUACCAUGCCAGAUCGUUUGUUUAGUUACGUUUGUAGCUAUUCAAGCUCUACAUGAUGAUGCCUUCGAAACAGAGUUUUCGUCCUUCGACGAAUUACUUCAGCGUCCAAACUUGGAAGAUGUUGAUUGCAUUGAACUUAGGUGGAAGGAUGGGAUGCAGGAAAAGCCUAUCUUUCCCUUAAAGUACUACAAAUAUCUGGAACUUUGGAACCGGACAUGGUUGGUAGCGGGCAACAGAAACACUCUCCGGCCCUAUGCGCUGCGAAUCGGCGGUGGAAAUAAAAUUGAUGGUUUCCUUACAUCCGCUAUUCGAAACCACAUCCUGAGCCAUAACACAAAAACAUUCGAAACCUCUUACCAAGCGAGGCAUAUUCCACACAAUUUGAUGUCAUUCGUUUUCGAUAGUACAUCUGAAGACGAUUCCAAGCUAUUCAAGCUA